GGUAAUGUAGGUACCUACCAGCCCCAUAUAGAUAGAUAUCAUACACAGACACCCGACAAUACGGUGAAAUUGAAAUGAACUAGUACGCGGAGUGCGAGUGCUGUUUAUAAAAUAUUAUUUUGUUAAUGUUAUUAGUCUGCUAAGAGCAUGAACGACCCCAACUCAUAUGGGUAUCAGGAAAACGCGACGGAGCUGCCGGUUGGAGAGCAGCAGCGUCCAGCGGUGCUCCCGUCGGAGUACAAGUUCACUCCAGACGAGCUGCGCGUGCUGGGCGAAUGCAACAAAGAGAGCUUCUUUCAACGAUCCCUGCCUCUCGGCACCACGUUUGGCCUAGGGGCCUAUUACGCUGUACAAAAAGGCCACCUUAAGCCCAACCCUCGAUUUGGUGCGUUCCCAAAAAUUGCGUUGUCAGUAUUGGUUGGCUACUUCAUCGGGAAACUGUCCUACCAGCAAGCAUGCGCCGAGAAGUUGAUGGCACUGCCUGGCAGCUAUAUCGGCCAGCUUCUGCGAGAACGGAAAGAGCAAAAGAUUGGAGGAGGCAGUCGGAGCACAAUGGGAGCUAAGCCUGGAACUACGAUGUUUGGCGCUAACCCAAGUGACAUAUACUCCGACGCAGGCCCCGGCAGUUCACUUGACUUGGACACGGACCGUCCACUCUUCAACGACGACACCUACCGUCCGGGCUCUUCGGCGCCAGUCCCAUCGCCGGAGGUCGGCACCAGAAGUCCAAGUCUUUCCUACGAUGACUUACGUCGUAAAAAUAGAAGUGACUACAAAGAUGCCAAACAGGAUCCAUACAGGACGGAGCUGGGUGCGCCGCCGCCCGUACAACGCAUGCGCACCGACCCCCCGGCGCCCGCGCCACCUUCUGCGCCGACCAACAAGUACGGUGACGUCAUGGAAUAAGGUGCCGCCCCUCGUGCAAGUCUUGUUAUUACGUAGUUACGAGUCCACAACGCGUCAUACGUUCGUAAAUCGUGAUAUAAUGAAGAGUAGGUACUCCGGUACACUUCUUGUGGUCUUUAAUUAAGGCUUGACCCUAGUAUGCA